AUGGCCCCUCCACCACCACCACCACCUCCGCCGCCGCCGCCACAGACGACCGCCACCCCUUCCACCACCUCCGCCUACCACCACGCCCACCACCACUCCAACUACCCCCUCGAGGCGGAACAGACGGAGUAUGACGCCGGCAGCGCCAGCAGCAGCAACAGCAGCACCACCGUCGCCCUCCGCCGCCCAGCCGAGGGGGGCGCCGAGUUCCCCCCUAGCCCAGCCACGCACCUCCACGACUACGGGGGCCUGAUGGGCGGGGGCUGCAGCCUCACUCACCAGGACGCAGCGCCCCCCACGGAGGAUAAGACCUCCCUGGGCUACUCCCUGGGGCACAGCUACCCCCCCGUCUCCGAGUCCUACGGGCAGCUGGAGGCGGCGUUCAGCGGGGCCGCCGCCUCGCUAGGGGACUACGAGGCGGGCACCGGCAGGGCUCUCCACCCCUUCCCCGGACACGACUCUCUCGCGGCCCACGAUCACGACCCCGCCUCAGACCCAGAGAGCGACGCCCUGCUGCACGACGCCCCCUAG